AUGCCCAACAAAGCAUCACGGUCAGUCAAUAAAUGCAUUUCUUCGUCCUCUUCUCCAGGGUUUCUGUCUGGCUACCUCUUACCGGCAUACGAGGAAGUUGAGAACAGACCUCCGACGCCCCCGCCUCCGUACAGUGCCUCUCAGCCAGGCCAGUCCACCAGCAUUGACCCCCUGUGCUCUGAACAACCAGAUGAGCUCUGCCCUCCACUGCAGUCCAGCCCCGUCGUCCCGUCUGCAUCUGAGAACUGUUCCCUGGGACCCUGUGUAGAGCAGCCACAUACUGCCACUGCACACAGCCCUGUCAGAGACAGUCACAAACCACAGUACCUCAGCCGAGGAGAGGACGGGCAGCCCCAGCCCCAGCAGGUGGCGUGCGCUACCUCACACAGCCCCGUCAAACAGGGCAACUCGGGCGAGGAUCUGACUGAACCCGUAGAAGACUGUUCUCCCGACAACAAAGACAAGACUCCAGGACGCCACCGGCGCUUCACAGGCGACUCUGGGAUUGAGGUAUGCGUUUGCAACCAGGGGCCCGGGGAUGGAGAGGAAGAGGAGGAGAUGAAAGAGCUUGUAGGGCACAUGGAUGGAGGGGUGCUCGAGGAGCAGGACUUCUGUGAUAGCUGCAACCUCCGCGGCGGCGGCGGCAGCCCUCCUCGUGGUUCGGGGGAUGAGGAACAGGGCCUGGCUGCCUCAGAUGUGCCUCUAGAGCAAAGAGAGCAUCAGCGACCUCCAGUCUGCCUCCAUCUGCACACCAUCAACGAACAGGACGGUCCGCAUCAUGCCAACAACACGGACCCCCAGAGUUGAGCACAAACGGUUCCAGCAGAGACUUAAUUUAGACUGCUGUUUCCCUUUACUUUCUUGAGAUACAUCAGUUUGUACUGUCAGCUAUGUCACUUUGGGUGUAUUUUGUAUGUGUGUGCCUGCGUGUGUGUGUGUGUGUGUGUGUGUGUGUGUGUGAGAGAGAGAGCGAGGGAGUUUUAAAAGGGCGUUAAUGUGUGAGUCCUCACGGUUUUAUGGAUUAAUAGGGUAAUCUAGUAAAGACGUUAAUAGGUCUGUUGCCUCACAGAGAGGUCACGAUCAAAGCCACAGAGGAAAUUCUCUUCAGUUUAUAGCCUUAUCGAGCUCUGGGUGACAUGCCUGUAGAUUUGGAGGCUUUUUGUUGGUUUUUGGGGGCUAUUACCUCCUACUGAGAUGAAGAUGGCACACAAGGUCAGGGGAUAUUGAUUUGUGCUGGCUUUUGCUCUUGAAUUCUUAUCUUUGAUGUCAUUUUAAAAUACUUAAAGGGACAGUUCACCCAAAAAUGAAAGAUCUGUCUUUAUUUAGUCACUCUCAUGGCAUUCCAAAUACACAAGACUUUUGUUCAUCUUUAAAACACAAAUAAGGAUAUUUUUAAUAAAAAAUUUAAGAGAGAUCCAUUUAAAAAAAAGUCUAUUCCACUAAAAGUGGACGCUUUAAAAAGUUCAAGAUUGUAAAAUAAAUCCAUAUGCACAUCAAAUAUGGUAAAUAAAAGAUGAAACAUACAUGAUGCACGAGAACCAAUGACGUUUCUUGUUACGCAUCAAGCAAGUACAGUUGAAAUUCUGGUUCUAUGUUCAUGUUCGGUGUUUAAAUGUG